AUGGUGAUACAAGUCGAAGACGAGAUGAGAGCGAGAGUGGCGUCGAGGAACGUCCAACGACGCUACACGGACUUCUACCUCGGACAUGCCGGUCACGAAGCGUUGAAGCUCCACAGCAACAUGUUCGUCAAGUUAGCUCCGCUGCCCAUGAGCGACUCAUUGGACGAUGCUCGAUCCCCGUUGAAGAUGGAGAGGGCGACGUCGGACUCGGUGCAGGAGAUGUUCAGGACAAGGAAGUCGAGCAGCCUUGUGUACGCCUCCGGCUCUAGCGAGUUGCCCUGGGAGGGGAACCAUGGCAAGCACCUGUCUCCCUUGAACAGUGUGCAGCAGAAGCAUCGAGAGGACAUGUCGCGCUAUGGGAUGAGAAUCAUCAGCAACAUGCCCGGCAGGAGCUCGUUGGACGAGGACGGGGAAGAUUUGACAAAGGACAGAACGAGGGAGUUCAGCGAUUUCUCCUUCGACGGCCCUGCGAGCGCCGACAAGCUUCACGCUUCCAGCUGCCGCGCUGUUCUGACCUCGACCAACACCCGCGGCUCCUUCCUCCCCUCCGAGUCCUCCUGGGCGAUGCCGAACCCGUUUGCUCGGGUGACUGGAAGUCUGUCUGCAAACUCCUCGCCGAUCAACAGGAGAUCGUCAAAGUUGAGGAUUUCCUCUUCCGGAUUUGAUGAGGAGAUUCACGAUGAUUUCAAGAUGAGCCUCUCUCCGACGUUCUGGGGGCUGCGACAGAUCUCAGAGCCUCUGAUGAGAAAAGUUGAAGACUAUGAACUGGUCGAUGUUCAGUACGUGUACAACAUGAUCGUCGAUGGCAUGGCGCACGUCUUCGGCUCGAUCCUCCUGGAAGACUGUCGCAAUCGCUGGGGGAGACAUGCUGUGCUGAUCAGCGAGACGGGAGAGUUUAUGAGCAGAGAGAAACAUGCGUUCGAUGCCUUGCAGCAGUCUGAGCACAUGCUGAGCAUCAAGAUGGUCCAAGGAGGAUACGCAGAGUUCCAGGCGAACUACGGGUUCCUGUGCGAGGCGCAAGCAGAGACUUCACAGGAGGCCCAGAAGCAGAGGAGGUCGCGGAGGUUGCACAGCUACCCAUCACAGGUCUUGUCUUGGCUGUUCAUCAGUGGAAUCGAACCUGCUGAGGAUGAGCAAGUGCUCAAGGAUCUGAACCUGACGCACAUCGUCAGCGUCACAGCGAAGCCCCAUAUGGUCUCAGUCCCCGCAGACUUUCAUCACCUCAAGAUCGCGAUCCGAGAUGAGAAGGAGGAGGAUAUCUCAGUUCACUUCGAGAGGACCUGGGACUUCAUCUCCUCCGCGCACCACAAAGGAGGGAAGGUGCUCGUUCACUGCAAGAUGGGGAGAAGUCGCAGCGCGUGCAUGGUGCUCAUGUGCCUCGUCCGGUCAGGAAUCUUCACGCUUCAGGGCGCGUGGAAGCACCUCAAAUUGUGUAGGAGGCAGAUUGCGAUCAACAAGGGAUUCACCCAACAGAGAAGCUCGCUGAGCGAGACGGACCUGAAGUCUAUGGAUGCGAGCAACCAUGACACGGACGAAUGGUUGAGAGUGGACGAAAGUGACAUCCCUCUCUUCCUGGAGAGCAGGAUCGAGGUUGUGUCUACACUUGCAACCGAUGCUGUCAACCUUGCUGCGCACCAUCGAGCAGAGUUCCUUUCAGUCUUCUUCAUGAUGAUCUCGCCCUCUGUCGUGAUGGUGUUCUGCCUUUUCUUCCUACGGUCCAUCAUUGCAGCCAUGUUUGGUUACCACGUGAUCUCGUGCAUCUCGGGUCCAGCCCUCUACAUCUCCUUCAGGUUCGGGUCGUCGCAGCUGCUGAAGAUCUCAUCGCAGUGCAUCUCCAAGGAGCUCAAGAUCCAGCUGCUCGCCGGCUUCGUCUACUUCGCCAUCAUCGCCAUAGGCGGGGUGUGCAUGUACUGGGCGAUAGGGCAUACCAUCAUCCCCAACAAGCUGGACAUCGUUGAAGAGCUCGGAUUGUCUACAGACCCGCUGUUUCUCUGCCUCUUCAGCCUCUACUUCUGCAUUGUGAAUCCUUUCCUAGAAGAGAUCUUCUGGAGGGAGUUCAUCCUUCGAACGCUGGGGACAAGAGAAGUAACUCUGUGGCUCACUUCCUGUUUCUACGCGCUCUACCAUGUGUUCGUCCUGUCCGCAAUGGAGAUCGAUUUUGAGUUGUGCAUGGCUUGUUUUGUGGGGCUGAUCGUUUUUGGGCGAAUCCUCUGCUUGCUCACGAAGAAGACAGGAGUUUUCAGUGCCUUUCUUGCGCACAGUGCAGGAGAUGUUGUAAUUGUUGCUGUCAUGUGGGAUUGGUACGUGAAUUGGAUUCAAUGA